CAUUCGAUAUUCUCGUGCGUGGUCUCAUUAUACGACUAGUGUACAUGAAAAAUAUUUUAGCAUUUUAUUACAAAAAGAAAACAGUUUAUAAAUUAUUUUAAAUACACAUUUUUUUAUUUUACUUCGAUAUUUUUAGAAGUGUUUAACAAACUAGAACUAUCAUUAAGUGUGAAGAUAAAUCGUGUAAUAAAAUGCGUAAACAAUUAAAUUGAUGGUGUGUCAGUACUGUGUAGAUAAAUAUAAAUUAAAAAUCUAUUAAAAUGUCUAUUCGAUCUCUGCCCGAUGCUUUAGCUGAGAUAGCUCAAAGAGAAUUAAACGAAGACCCAAAACGAGUCGAAGAUGAUUUACGACAUAUUAAAGAAUGGUUGGCAAAACAAAAACAUUUGCGUGCAAGAUCAGACGACCAAUGGCUCUUAGCCUUUUUGCGCGGAUGCAAAUUUAGCUUGGAAAGAACAAAGAAGAAGAUAGACCAAUAUUAUUCAAUACGGAACAUAGCACCAGAUUGUUUUAUAAUAAAAUAUUCAGAUCCAGCUUUCAACGAGAUCCUUGAAACGGGAUCAUAUUUAAUAUUGCCUCAAGUAGAUCACGAAGCCGCGCCACGUGUUAUAAUCAUACGACCUGGGAGUUACGAUCCCGAUAAAUUUACUAUCACAGAUAUAAUAUCCGUAGCUGAUGUUAUACACAAGAUUUUAUUGAUGGAAGAUGACAACACAGUGAUAGCCGGAUCUCGUAUUAUUUUCGACUUAAACGGUGUCAAAUUGGGUCACUAUUUGCAGAUGACGCCAGCAACCAUGAAAAAGAUGGUAACACUAGCUCAGGACGCGAUUCCUGUACGCUUGAAAGGUAUUCACUAUUUAAACACACCACCUGGCUUUGAGAGUAUAUUCAAUGCACUGAAGAGUCUUCUAAAUGAGAAGCAUCGAAAAAGACUUUUUGUGCACAACAAAAAUUAUGAAGAGAUGUACAAGUAUAUCCCCAUGGAUAUUUUACCUUUGGAAUAUAAUGGGAAGUCGGAAAGUAUUGAGGAUAUUAUUGAAUAUUGGAAAAAGAAAGUUCAAGAAUAUAGUGAAUUUUUCAAAGAAGAUCUGCAACAUGGCGUUGAUGAGUCGGAAAGAAGUGGUCAAGCAAUAAGUGCUGACGCUAUGUUUGGUGCCAUCGGUUCCUUUCGUCGCUUGGAAUUUGAUUUAUUUCAAUUUAUCAAGAUGCCGGUUAGACCGUUAUCCCCCGAAUUGGCGGAGAAAGCGCGAAAUGAACUCAACGAAACCGAUGACAAUAAGAUGGCAGACAGUUUGCAACAUUUGAAGGAAUGGCUUGCCAAACAGUCACAUUUAAAAGCACGAACAGAUGAUCAAUGGCUUGCUGCGUUUUUAAGAGGCUGCAAGUUCAGUUUGGAACGAACGAAACAAAAACUUGAUUUAUUUUAUACUUUAAAGACAACAGCACCUGAGCUGACUCCCUUGAGUUAUAAGGAUCCAAAGUUCUUUGAGAUUCUCGAUCUGGGAGUGACAUUGCUCUUGCCAAAAUCUUCCAAUUCUGCUGAACCGAGGAUUCUUCUAAUGCGACCUGGAUUGUACGACCCUAACAAAUAUUCAUUAGGUGAUUUAAUGUCUGUCAAUGGUGUUAUCCAAAAUAUUCUGUUAAUGGAUGAUGACAAUUUUGUUGUUGCUGGUGGUGUCAGUAUCGCGGAUUUGCAGGGCGCGACCAUGGCUCACUUCGCCCAAAUGAAUCCUAUGCUUAUGAAGAAAAUGAGUGUAGCAUUUCAGGAAGCUGCUCCUGUAAGAAUGAAAGGUAAUCAUUACUUGAACACUCCGCCGGGCUUCGAGACCUUCUUUAACUUUAUGAAAGGUUUCCUCAAUGAGAAAAACAAAAACAGGUUAUAUGUACACAACACCGAUUAUGAAUCAUUGUACAAGCAUGUACCUAAAGAAGUGCUGCCAGCAGAGUAUGGUGGUAAUGCCGGGACUGCUCGAGAGCUCAUAGAAAACUUAAAGAAAAAGAUUUUGGAGUACAGCGCAUGGCUCGACGAGGAACACCUGUAUGGAACUGAUGAAUCUAAACGACUUGGCAAACCUAAAACUGCGGAAGAACUAUUUGGAGUCGAAGGAUCCUUCAGGCAAUUACAGUUCGAUUAAACUGUACCUAGGAUGAAAAAUUAUACAUGUUUUCAACUUCGAAGUAAAAUAUUUAUGAUUAUAUAGUUAUUAUAGUAAAUUAUGUCAUAAAAUAGUUUU